AUGGGGACACGGGAAUGGGGACACCGGGAAUGGGGUGUCCUGAGAACGAGGGGGUGUUCAGGGAAUGGGGGUGCCCCGCAUUCCCAACGUUCCCGGUGUUCCCUGUCCCAGGAGUCCGGGGACACCGCGGGGAGCCCUCAGUGGGACCCCACAGUUCCCAGUCCCGUAUUCCCAACAUUCCCCAUAUUCCCAACACUGCCACACUCCCAGUGUUCCCUGGGUGGGAUCCCACAGUUCCCAGUCCCAUAUUCCCAACAUUCCCCAUAUUCCCAACACUGCCACACUCCCAGUGUUCCCUGGGUGGGAUCCCACAGUUCCCAGUCCCAUAUUCCCAACAUUCCCCAUAUUCCCAACAUUGACACACUCCCAGUGUUCCCUGGGUGGGAUUCCAGAAUUCCCAGUCCCAUAUUCCCAACAUUCCCAACGUUCCCCGUGCCAGCAGUCCAGAGAUGACAAGCAUUUGGUGGGAUCCCACAGUUCCCAGUCCCACGUUCCCAAUAUUCCCAAGGUUCCCUGAGCGGGAUUCCGUGGUUCCCAGUCCCACAUUCCCAACGUUCCCAUGUUCCCAGGAGUCGGGGGAUGACGAGUACCGCGGGGAGCACUCGGACAGCGAUGACGAGGUGGACUCGGACUUCGACAUCGACGAGGGCGACGAGCCGGGCUCGGAGCAGGACGAGGCCGAGCCCCGGCGCCGCCGCCGCGUGCUCACCAAGGCCUACCGGGAGCCGCUCAAGAGCCUCCGGGCCAGGAAGGCGGAGGGGCCGCGGGGAGCGAGCCAGAGGGGCCGGGAGGUGAAAGCCCUGCCCCUGGAGCUGCAGGAGGAUGGGGGAGACAGCCGGAAGCACAUGCGGCAGUCCACCACGGAGCACACCCGGCAGACGUUCCUGCGGCUGCAGGAGCGCCAGGUGCAGUCCAAGAGGAAAAAGGGAGGCACCAGCCACGAGCGGCCCCUGACCCAGGAGGAGCUGCUGGAGGAGGCCAAGAUCACCGAGGAGAUCAACCUGCGCUCCCUGGAGAACUACGAGCGGCUGGAGGCGGACAAGAAGAAGCAGGUGCAGAAGAAGAGGAAGAUCGUGGGCCCCGUGAUCCGCUACUGGUCCCUGACCAUGCCCCUCCUGCCCGAGCCCGGCCGCGACGACCCCGUGGAUGUCGAGGGGCUGGACCCCGAGGCGCAGCCCGGAGCCGCGGCACCGCCGCCGUCGCCGUCGCCGGGGAAGUGCUCGCGCACCUUCAUCUCCUUCAGCGACGACGCCACCUUCGAGCGCUGCUUCCCGCGGGCCAAGGCGCCGCGGCUGCCGGUGCGGGAGCUGUGCCCCGUCACCCACAAGCCGGCCCUGUACCGCGACCCCAUCACCGACAUCCCCUACUCCAACGCCCGCGCCUUCCGCAUCAUCCGCGAGGCCUACCGCAAGUACGUCACCGCGCACGGGCUGCCCAGCGCCGCCGCCGCCGCCGCCGCCGCGCCCGCCGACGGCCCCGCGGCACGGCCCGGCAGGCAGAAGAUCGUCAUCAAACAGAGCGUGCCCAGCGCCUGAGAUUGGGGGUGUGGGGUGUGGGAUUUGGGGUGUGGGGUGUGGGAGUGUCCUUCCCAAAAUCGUCAUCAAACAGAGCGUUCCCAGCGCCUGAGAGUUGGGCUGUGGGGUGUGGGAUUUGGGGUGUGGGGUUUGGGGUGUGGGAGUGUUCCUCCCAAAAUCGUCAUCAAACAGCAUUCGCGGUGCCUGAGAUUCGGGAUUUGGGGUUUGGGAUUUGGGGUGUGGGAGUGUUCCUCCCAAAAUCAUCAUCAAACAGAGCGUUCCCAGCGCCUGAGAUUCGGGAUUUGGGGUUUGGGAUUUGGGGUGUGGGAGUGUUCCUCCCAAAAUCGUCAUCAAACAGAGCGUUCCCAGCACCUGAGAUUCGGGAUUUGGGGUAUGGAAGUGUUCCUCCCAAAAUCGUCGUCAAGUAGAGUAUCCCCAGCACCUGAGAUUUGGGAUCUGGGAUUUGGCAUUUGGGGUGUGGGGUACCAGAGAGUCCUUCCCAAAAUGGCAGAGAAUCGUCAUCAAACAGAGCCUUCCCAGCUGAGAUUUGGGAUUUGGGGUUUGGGAUUUGAGGUGUGGGAGUGUUCCUCCCAAAAUCGUCAUCAAGCAGAGCGUUCCCAGUGCCUGAGAUCCCGGAUUUGGGGUUUGGAUGUUGGGAUAUUGGGACUGACAGUGGUGAGGGUUUAGUUGAGGGGCUCCCUUCCAGAGCAGCAGAAAAUCUUCGUCAGCAAAGUGUCGGCAGUGCCCAGAAUCCUGGGAUUUUGGGAUACUGGGGUGUUGGGAUUUGGGAUUUAGGGAUAUGGGAUCACCCGGAGUGAUGUUUUUUUGGGGUCACUGCUCAAAAGGUGCUGGAGGAGGGAAUAAAGUUGACUUGGGGGUUGGUUUGUGUGGGGUGGUGGGUGGUCUUACAAAAAUAGGGGGUGGGAGCCCCUUUCUUCAGGAUACAAUAAAUAAAGUCAUUUGCAGAACCA